AUGGAACCUACUCGUAUUAUUGCCAUUGAUUAUUUCAAUGAAUAUGAUCUUGGGAAAUUUUUGAAUAAAUAUAGCCAGUGUAUCAGUGAUGAACAAAUUCACUCCCAGAAGCCUUAUACCGUUGGAUCUCCUGAAAUUGAUGAAAAAAUUAAAAAAAAUAAGAAAAGAUACUCUUCUUAUUCAACAAAUACUAAACCGAGAAAAAGUAGUGAAAAGAAAGCAGUGAAAAGAACAAUUAGUCCACUUAAAAUAAAGAGUUGUGAUCUUAUGCAAAUGCAUUGUAAUGAUUGUCAAUUUCGUCAUUCAUCACAACAUAAUGCUAAAAUCUCUGAAGAACCAAUACAAAAAAUGAAAGAGAAAUGUUUUGGGCUUGGACAAGCAAUAAGUGAUUGCUGUUAUAACAUAAAAGAAAAAGUCCAAUUAAGUCAACAAGAUACAGUUGACCUCGAUCAAGAUAUUAUCAUAUCAUCUCAAGAACUCAAAGAAAGAGAAGGGCUUAGCAGAAAUAAAAAAGGUUUAACAGAAAUAAAAGAAAUGAGUGAAAAGUUUCAUCCAGUAAAAAAGGCUAAUACUAUCCUAAGAAAAACAAACCGAUUAGUGUUACAAAAAAAGCCUAGUGUCGUUGUUUCAAUUCCUUCAAUUCCAUCAAGAAAAACUAUUGAAUCUUCACUUAUUCAUACCAAAACAGAUUGCAUCACAUUGUCAAGAGAAAAUUCAAAUAAAAGUUUCAUAACAAAACAACAAUUAUCUUCUUCACUUUUAUGUAAAACAAAUAGUCAUCCAAUUAUUCAACCUGUUUUGAAACACCAACAUACAAUGGUUGUUCCAAUCAAAAAACUUAAUUUUGAUGACAUCGAUGAUGAAGUUCUGACUGACAUACCUCCAAAAGCUAAUUGGGUUAUUUCUCCAACCUCAACAGUUGAAAAUAUUUCUGAUAUUUCAGUCAUUGAAAUUGAACAUCAACAAAGACAAAGAACAAAUGAAGUUAAAAAAGAUGGGAACACUCGCCCUACCACUUAUCAACUGAUUAAACCAAGAAUAAGUGAAACAAUUCAAUUGUCAAAAAUAUCAUUGUAUCAUGUAAAACCCUCUUCAAACCAAUCUAACUGUUAUUCAUUACCACCAAAAGUGCAUUUAAAUUUGAAUUGUGACAUGAAAGAAGAUCCAGAUGUUUAUAUCUCACCUUCUAUUUAG